AUGCGCCCGCCAACCUUUGCACUGCUUAGCCUGUUGCUCUUUGGACCCGCCCCGUCAACCGCCGCCCCGCGUGAUGCAGGAACACAUUCAACCACCCACUCCCAGCUGAGUCCAUGGCGCAAACUGUCAGACGCCAUAACAACACAGGUCUGGCCACUACCAGGGAGCCCAGAGAGUAAAGAGAGUAAAGACUCGCAUGCGACGAGCAAUGCGCUAGGCAAGAGACUGGCAGCCGAGUACAGCGACUUCACCGUGCUGCGAUUCAAUAUCAGCACAGCCAAAGAUGCCAAGGCGCUCGCAAGUGCAGUAAAUGACCUGUUCCUCGAUGUGUGGGAGUCCAAUGAAGAUUGGGCCGAUGUAUUUCUGUACAAAGACGACGUGCUUCGCCUGCGUAACAUCCUUCCCGAGUCGCUACUAAACGCACACCAACCACUCCUUCAAGGCCGUGACCUCGUCCAGGCCAUCUUGGACACUUACCCAACCCCCGACAAUGACCGCUUCUCGCCGAGCCUCCGAGCCUCCCGCCCGUCACCCAAGGGCCAUCCCUUCUUCCAAGACUACCAGCCCCUCUCGGUGAUAGAUCCGUGGAUGCGUCUCAUGUCGUCCAUGUUCUCCACACACGUCCGCCGUAUCACGGUCGGAAUCAGUUUCCAGGGCCGCGACAUCCCCGCCCUCCGCGUCGGCGUCCACCCUACAAACAAGGAAGAGCCUCUUAAGCCACGAAAAACCAUCAUCAUCACAGGCGGCCUCCAUGCUCGCGAGUGGAUAUCGACAAGCACCGUCAAUUUUCUGGCGUGGAGUUUGAUUAAUGGCUAUGGGAAGGACCGCGAGAUGACGCGUCUCUUGGAAGAGUUUGACUUUGUCUUUGUUCCCACCUUGAACCCGGAUGGCUACGUCUACACGUGGGAAACUGACCGUCUGUGGCGCAAAAACCGCCAGCCAACGGGAGGGCCAAGUUGGGGGUGUCUUGGUGUCGACCUCGACCGCACCUGGUCUUACAUGUGGGACAGCGCCUCAGCCAACAUCUGCAGUGAAUCCUAUCCCGGCAAAACACCCUUUGCUGGCGUAGAAGCCGCGCGUUUUGCCGAGUGGACCAAGAACGAGACGGAUAAGAAUAACGUUGAGAUUGUGGGUUUCUUAGAUCUGCACUCGUACUCGCAACAGAUCCUAUAUCCCUAUAGCUACUCUUGCAACGAUGAGCCACCAGCCAUUGAGGACCUCGAGGAGCUCGCUCUAGGCCUUGCAAAAGCAAUUCGUUUCUCUCGAAAAGGCCAGACAUACAAGGUCACAUCGGCUUGCGAGGGCAACGUAGCUUUUGCCGGCCAAAAGAAAACCACCCUGCCCCGCAUUGAAUCGAGUGGGGGCAGCGCCUUGGAUUUCUUCUAUCACGAGAUGAAAGUGAGGUACUCGUACCAAAUCAAGCUUCGAGACACGGGCAGCUAUGGCUUCCUACUGCCCAAGGAGAACAUUAUACCGACAGGUGAGGAGAUGUUGGAUGCACUUUUGUAUUUUGGCCGCUUCAUGCGUGGCGAAGUAGGUCUGGCCAAGCAGCAGCAGCAAGGCCCAAAGAAAGGAGAAGUCCUUUUACAAAAACUGCGUACGGAUGAGGGAGAGGAGAGUGAAAUUAUUGAGUUGUGAAAUUAGUUAUAGUCUAUUCGCAUUCACAAGCUUGACAGACACAGGCCGUUGUAGUUUACACAGAUACCAUUAGUACGGCGUUGAUUGUCGUUUAAUCAAUAAUCACUACUGACGUUGUGUAUA